AUUAUCUGUCAGUUAAUGCUAAUUGACUUUCUAGUCUGUUCUUUCUUCAUUUUCUCACCCCUUUUUAGUAGCACCGACUAAUGCCCAUUCUUGGUGUAUGUUUCCGUGACUGGCUACAAUGUUCAGCUUCCUGGGUUUUAUCUUGCACUUAAUUACUCUAGCUUCUGUCCUGCAAAUUUUCAAGCAUGACAACUGGGUCACAGACUGGAGCUGAUCAAUUUCUUUUCUUGUUCCUCGUUGUUUCACAUGAAGUUCUGGUCCAAUGAAAGACAGAUAACUAAGAUAUUAUUCCCUUCAAACCCAUAAGUCGUCAUAAUGCAAACAUGUAUGCACCUGUUUCUUCUUGCAAAUCAUUUAUUAGCCCACUUGUUAACAAUUUUGUUACGUGCCCGCUUGAAUCCUAUGGAAAGAAUGAAUGGCUAGUCAGUUUUGCUGGUAACAGGGCUUGUAGGUGACAUAGGUGGGAUAUCUGUAUUCUUUUUAGCUAAGAUUUGUUUGUGGUGAAAUAUUCACUGAAUUUAAAGUCAUUCAGCAAUUUAAUGUGAAAAAUAAGUUACACUGACGGUUGGAGUGCACAGUAAACUACAUGUCUUUUCCCUGUCUAAACCUUUUCUUCUCUUUAUUAAUUAUGCCUGCAUUAAAGUUAUUGGCAGUAACAAUGAUUCUCUCUCUCUCUCUCUCUCUCUCUCUCUCUCUCUCUCUCUCUCUCUCUAAUGGUCUUGUGACAUCUAGCCUUGUAGGCCUAGAAACAAGUGUUGCGUGGUUUAAUGUUGUAAUAGUAUCAUAAUGAUUAUUUAACAUUCCAGUACUAUUCCAGCUUCUGAGGUUUGGUGCAAAGGAAAAUUGUGAACAAUUAUUUUUCACAUUGUUUGCUAAGGACACUAGUAGAAAAAUUCAUUUUCCUGAAAUACUGAAACUCAACUCGUCGAUUUGCGUAACAAGUUUGACUUUAUAAACGUAAAGGGAUGCGAAAGCGUCUAUUAAUUUUACGCGGUAGUUAUUUAACACAUUUUUUUAAAAAAGGUCGCGAGCAGCAAGGGCGCUGGAGUAAAAGAAUGAUGCUUGGUAAGGAAAAGCGGAUUCCAACUAACUUCCAGAAGUUAAUUGAAUUGAUGCUACAUUAAUAAAACUGGUUUUAGUUUUAAGGUGGCUUGAUCGAAUGUGCUUAAGAGUUCUGAAUAUAUGUAACGUGUAGCCGUGGUUCGUAAUUUUAAGGUAAUUCGUGAUUCCUUAUGUCGCGUUAGCAUUUUUAUUCCAGUUUUACAAACGUUUGGAACGUGAUUAGAAAGUUGAUGUGAACUGAAGUGUAAAACUAAUUUUCUCUAAGUAGACCACUUGAGCUACUGCGUAAGAAAAGACGUCUAGCAGCUAUGAACCGAACUGAGCGACGGACAUAAUUAUUUUGUAGGAAAUAUGUCUAAGCCUUGUAAACGUUAAUACUGCUUAAGGUAGUGAUAGGUUAACUUGAACUUCGCGUUUUGUUUAUUCAGAAGUUUUCGCAGAAAUUCUAUCUCUUAGCAAUGACAAUGUGCAUCUGCCUAUUAUCGCCGCCUAUUUCGAUCGGCAAAGAAGUCGCCAUUAUUAUUAUUAUUCUUUCACACUCCUUCCAACAAAAAUGUUCAGUGUAUCAUGUUUAUUUAAAAAUUCGUUAAAUUAAGGAUGUGUGUGUGUGUGUGUGUGUGUGUGUGUGUGUGUGUGUGUGUGUGUGUGUGUCGUCAAUGGACGAAGCGCUUGGCGGCCAAUACAGGUGAGAAGGGGAUGCAUCGUUGAGAACGGUACACAGCAGCUACCCCGCUAGACCGCGAAUUGCGCUAUGCUCGUGUCCUCCCCUCCACAUCUCCCUUUUAUGCAUGUAAAGACCGAACCGGCGUCCGGGUUGCUGUGCUGUCGGCCGGCUCGGCACGGCCCGGCUACCCCCAGGCAAGCCUCAGCCCUGGGAAUGCGUUCGCCUCUCCGUCCGUCUUAUUGACCGAGCAGCCGCACUCGUCACGGCACGGCUAUGCCGGUUUGCGCGGGGCGAAGCGGGGUUUCCUAAUUCCGGUCCGAUCCGCUGCGUUGUGGAGGGCGCACGGCGCUGCCGAUCGUCGUCCGUCGACUCGGAUGCCGUAUUCGGCGUUGCCACGUCGAAGCUUAUUAACUUACAAGAAUUUUUUUGCCACCCCUUCUUUCCCCUCCAUUCUAAUGUUUCGUGCUUUCCAGUGCGCUCCCGCGCCAAUUUAUGCGCUCUUCCUCUGUGCAGGUGGCGGUCCUGUAUUGAUUUUUAAGACGCCUCGCGCUGCUUCAGCCAUUACUAUUGGCUUUCCUCAGACUUGGAAGCAGCGGACUGAGCAGAAAUAAUUUUCCCCCUCCCGUUUAAUUCGUCAAUACGCACUUUUUUGUGUGGUUUGUUACUACAGGAUACCAUCUCUUUGUAUUAAGUAUCUUAGAAUGUAGAAGUUAUCGAAAAUGUAUGAAGUGUGAAUUUUGCUAAAAGAUACUGAGCAUUUGCUCGUAUAUGUUCUCCUCAAAUUGGAAAUAGCAUCCGUCGCGAUAUAAAAUUUGAAUAUUCAUGGGUGGUAAACAGAUAAUUAGUAUAUCGUUCUGUUGCUUGAAUGCAGUCUCAUGACACAACACAAUAGUGUGCACGGCCGGUCAGAUAGUGUACGUUAUCACAGGUCUUUGCUGGCGUCGAAGCGUAUUACCCGAUGUAAUUUCUGUAGGUUUUGUUUCAACUGAUGUUGUCGCACACUACAUGACGCGAUCUUAUGGUUGUCAUCCAUCCUUUCUUCGCUGAUGCUUCCCCCGUUGUAGCGUCUUGAAGACACCGCCACUGUCGUAAGACUGACCUUCGGUCUCCUCCGGGGGUGUUUGGUCGGUUGUCAGCGGAGUGGUGAAGAGGGCGGAGACGGCAGACGCGGAUCACGCCCCUCCCCGCUCUUGGAGCCAACCGCCCCACCUGCCCCGCGCGCCCGGGCCUCUUCUUUGUUGGCCGUCGGCGCCGCCACCGCUACCGCUUGGCAACGUCGCCCCCACGUUGGAGGCGCGCGCGCAAGAGAGAGAAAGCAAGUCCGCGCCGAGCUGCGUUCGGCCCCCUCCCGUACCACCCCGCCCCCUCUACUCCUCCACACACUUGCGCCGGUGUCCGGGAACCCCGCGCACCUCUCUUGUGCGCCACAGGCCCGGCCCCUGGACCCCUCAAGCUCUUGGGGCAAUACCGCGCGGUAGUAGUGAAGCCAUGUCCGAGCACCACCGUGGUGCCUGGGGAUCGCGCGACGACGCGGCGGCAGUGUGGUGGCCAGGCGCACUCGAGUACCAGCACCAUCAGCAUCUGCUGCAACAGCAGCUGCAAGCCGCGGCGCAGCAACAGCAGGCCCAGCAGCAGCAGGAUGUCGCUCGCAGCACGGCUGCGGCUGCCGCGGCCGCACAGCACCAACUCUUCUCUUACAAGAUGGCCAGUAGCUUCCAGAACCCUACGACGACCACCGCAAGUGUGUCGUCGCCAGUGGCCUCCUGCGUGCGCGGGCCUACUGCCCCUUAUGAUUACAGUAGCGGAGGUGGCCGGACGGAAGCCGCUGCUGCGGCUUCUCUCGUGGGUGGCGCUGCCCAGUGGUGGUACUCUAGUGGCAUGGGCAAUCCUAUGCAUGGAAUUUCCACACCCACUCCGCCCACUUUGCCACCGCAGCAGCAGAACAAAAAGAUGCCCCGUGGGAAAGCUGAUGCUAAACCUAGAGGCCGGAUGACGGCUUACGCUUGCUUCGUACAGACAUGCCGCGAAGAGCACAAGAAGAAACAUCCGGAUGAAAAUGUGAUAUUUGCAGAAUUCUCAAAGAAAUGUGCAGAGAGGUGGAAGACCAUGGUUGAUAAGGAAAAGAAGCGUUUUCAUGAAAUGGCAGAAAAAGAUAAGGAACGUUAUGAUGCUGAAAUGGAAACCUACACACCCCCUAAAGGAGAAAAGGCGCAUGGCAGGAAGAGGAAACAUGCCAAGGACCCAAAUGCACCAAAAAGGGCAUUAUCGGCAUUCUUCUGGUUUUGCCAUGACGAGCGCAGUAAAGUAAAGGCACAGAAUCCAGAAUUUGGUGUUGGAGACAUUGCUAAGGAGCUGGGCCGGAGAUGGUCAGAAGUCGAUCCGGAGCUGAAAGCCAAGUAUGAAGCAAUGGCAAAGAAAGACAAAGCACGAUAUGAUAGGGAAAUGACAGCAUAUAAGAAAAGGCCAAAGCAAGGAGGGCAGGGAGCUGCAACAGUGAAGAAAGGAAGUGAAGAUGAAGACGAAGAUGAGGACGAGGAUGAUGAUGUUGAAGAUGGUGACGAAUAGUUUGGCUCCAGUAUUUCAUUGCCAUGUCAUCUUUAUUAAGGAACUUUUGAAAGGACAUCAUAUCUCAUAAAUUCAUCCGUACCCUUUACCAGUUUUUCACUCACCAUAAUUUGAGUUCAAAGAAUGAAAGUGAGUUUUCAGGAAGAGCAUACUUCAGGAUGCAGGAGAAGUGUGUGUGUGUGUGUGUGUGUGUGUGUGUGUGUGUGUGUGUGUGUGUGUGUGUAAAUAAAUUUUUCAGUAACAGUAACUCACAAAUAUUUUAAUUUGUCUUAAUGCAGCAAAAUUACUUAAUGUGAGCUUUACCAGUGAGUCACUGAUGCAUUUCUGCAGGUGUUGUCUGGUAAGUGUUUCAGAAAUGCAUCACACUGCUCAAAUGUCCUCCCAUUUUAGUUACAUCACCUGUAUGUGUUUCUGAUUCUGUUAAAAUACUGGCCAUCACCAAAGUUCUUUCUAUUGAAUUUCAAGAAUGACCUGCAACACAUACCUCUUUACAGUCUUUCAUCAUCUGUGCAGUGGUUUUGUGCCAUUUCAGAUCAGGGUUUUACUGCCUCUUUGUUAAUGUGUGAAUAAAAAUGUAGUUAGUCUUUGGUGUGUGCCAGUGUGUUGUCAUUGUAAUCUAGAGUAUUUCUGAAGUUGCAGAUGAUCUUAGCCAAUUCUUUGCAACUUGAAGGACUUCCCCCUUCUCUCAAAAACUUACGUAAGGGUUUAAAAUAGUUGCGUCGUGUUUUCUCUUGUCAUGAUUGGGAGUGCUGUUGUGUGUUCUCUUAAGCCAUCAGUGUGUGCAAACAAGCGGACAAUAUUUUUCAGUGUUUUGAACUCUAUGGCAUAGCCAAAAGAGUGCAAAUCUUAAAACUUCUUCAUAUUAAUGAAGAAGUCAUUGUAUUAAGACGGUUUUAAUAGCCUGUUCUCUUUUUGAGGAAGAGGUUUCAUUUGAUGGAACUAGCAGUAAAGAAGAGAGUUUUUUCAGGUUCUGUUUCCAUGUCUCUAAGUGUAACAUUCCCAAAUUGAAAAUAAGGAAAAUUUGUACUUUGUGACAUGGGUAUUCAAAUACAAAUAGCAGUACCUCUGAUUUUGUGUGUACAACUGUAUUAAAAAUUGUCAAAAUAUUUUUAUUGAUUUGGAGAUUUAAUGAAAACCUGACUUAGAGUUCGAAAAGAACAAGAGUUGCGGUUAUUUUUAGGAAAUUUCAAAUAGAGAAAGGCACUGUUUGUUUUGUAUCUAAUAGUAAUUAAUAAACUUUUAAGAAAAGUGA